AUGAUCAAAAACAAAGCUAUUCUCUUACUUGCAUCUGCCUUACUGGUACUCAGCGACGUCGAUGCUUUCACUAUACACCGUCGUGAAUCUAUUGCUCACAAAAACCGUCUACCCCGGGCAAUACCAAUCAGUGAAAGAAAUAUCACUUCGAGGAGUUUGGAGAAGCGCUUUGACGGUGCAAGAUUGACAUUCUACAACGCAGGCCUCGGAGCGUGUGGGAAGACUAAUUCAGAUAGUGAAUUUGUUGCAGCCAUGAACGCAGAUCAAUAUGCAGGAGGUGCUCACUGUUUUGAAAGCGUCACGAUUAUUGUUGGCUCCAAAACACAAUCCGCCCAGAUAGUUGAUGUGUGCACAGGAUGUCCGUUUGCAGGGCUUGAUCUUUCACAGGGACUCUUCGAAUUCUUCGCAUCGACAAGUGUGGGCGUGUUGACUGGCUCUUGGAACUUCGCAGAUGCGGCGGCUCCUCCCACUCCUCUUCCCAAGACAACGGAGCACCAAGAAACUCCAACCCCCACAACGACGCAAAAGACGACGCGCGCUUCGAGCACUGUGCACAUCUCGUCGUCGGCAUCUUCAUCUAGCGACGUUUCUGCAUCAUCUGUGUCGCGUACUGCAACACUAUUAGGAAGCGCAGCUUCGGCUUCCGCCACGGCUCCGGGAUCAGAUUCGGCGUCUGAUACAGGUAAUCUUCAGAUGAUCAACCUAGCUUUCAUCCAAAUGGCUGGACUGGUCAUGGCUGGUGGGGCGAAUGGCGGUGGUUCGAGCUAA